AUGUCGUCCAGACCAAAAGAAGAAGAGGUGCGAAUCCCGGACGUGAUUUUCGACAACAAGACCAACAAGAAGUAUCAAAAGGGCAGUUUUCUCGGAAAGGGAGGUUUUGCAAAAUGUUACGAAAUUGUUGAUAUGAAAACCAAAGAAAUCUUUGCUGGGAAAAUAGUUUCUAAAAAAUAUCUCUUGAAACACAAUCAAAAAGAUAAAAUGACACAAGAAAUACAUAUUCACAAGAUGUUGAAACAUAUAAACAUAGUUACUUUUCAUAGUUUCUUUGAGGAUAAUGACUUUGUUUAUAUAGUUUUGGAACUUUGCCGUAAAAGGUCCAUGAUGGAACUGCAUAAGAGAAGGAAAACUCUUACAGAACCUGAAACACGUUACUAUGUAUUUCAAAUUCUUGAAGGCACAUUAUAUUUACAUAACCAGGGCAUUAUUCACCGUGAUCUGAAGUUAGGAAAUCUAUUUUUAAAUGAUGAAAUGGAAGUGAAAAUAGGAGAUUUGGGCCUAGCUGCUAGAAUUGAAUAUGAUGGACAGCGUAAAAAAACAUUAUGUGGCACUCCUAACUAUAUCGCUCCAGAAAUUCUUAGCAAGACUGGUCAUAGUUUUGAAGUUGAUGUGUGGUCCAUAGGUUGUAUAAUGUAUACACUAUUGGUUGGCAAACCACCAUUUGAGACAAACUCUCUGAAAGAAACAUAUGCUAGAAUUGCACGAUGUGAUUAUAGUUUACCUCCCCAUUUAAAUAAGAAUGCCAGCUCAUUAAUUAAUAAAAUGCUUCAAUAUGAUCCUAAAAAACGUCCUUGUGUUAAUGACAUAAUGAAAGCUGAUUUCUUUACUACUGGUUAUAUGCCUAAAAAAUUGCCCGCGUCAUGUCUUACAAUGGCUCCUCGUUUUGAUUCAAUCAAUUACAGAGAAUCAAUUUCUAAUCGAAGACCACUCAAUGAACUCAAUAGCCCGAAAGCCGCUAUCAUCAAAGUUGCUACAAAACCUCAAGAUCCGGUUAAUAAAUUACCAAUGUUUAAUAUUCCAAACAAACCUACUACUGGAAAUGGAGUAUCAUCUAAUGAUUGUAAAGAAUAUAUGAUGUCUCUUGAAAAAGAAUUAGGAAAUUUAUUAAAAUCUAAACCAUCCAUGAAAGGAAUGAAAAAUAUGGAGGAAAACACUGAUCCUGCUGCUCAGCCUCUUAUUUGGGUUAGUAAAUGGGUGGACUAUUCCGAUAAAUAUGGAUUUGGAUAUGAGUUGUCUGAUGAUUGUGUUGGUGUUAUGUUCAAUGAUUUUACCAGAAUAGUACUUUUAGCCAAUCUAAAAGAUGUCCAUUACAUAGAAAGAAGUGGUUCUGAACAAUACCAUACAACUGAUCAUACCCCACCUGCGUUGGAAAAAAAAAUGAAGUUAUUAAUGUACUUCAGACGGUAUAUGAAUGAUCAUCUCAUUAAGGCUGGUGCUGAUAUAUUAGCUAAAGACGCAGACCAAUUGAGUCGCACACCAUAUAUGUACCAGUGGUAUAGAUCUACUUCAUCAGUUAUCAUGCAACUUACUAAUGGCACUUUACAAAUCAAUUUCACAGAUCAUACUAAAGUAAUAUUGUGUCCAUUAAUGAAUGCUGUAACCUUCAUUGAAAAUAAUGUAUUCCGUACAUACCGUUUUAAUACAAUUGCUGAACAUGGCUGUAGCCCUGAAUUAGGGAAAUGCUUGGAAUAUGCUCAUAAGAAAAUUGGUUCAAUAUUAAAAGAUAGCCCAGUUUAA